AUGGCGACACAGCAGUUGCUGCCCAGAAUGAAAACAGUCAACAUAGAACAGGGGAGGGAGGGUACAGUUGAUGUUUUGAAAGUGCUUCAAAUUCCCUCCCUCCCAGAAGGCGUGCAGCAGGUUCCCGGCUUUUGUACCUCCCAUCGUGCUGGCAUUUCUGAUCAUGCAUAUAGCAUCAGCAAGAUGGCUCAGAUCUCUGCCCCAACCAAGCAACUUUUUUCAGGUUCCUUCCCAGAGGAUUUCUCCAUCAUGACAACAGUGAAGGCCAAAGCUGGUCUUCAGGCCUUUCUGUUGUCCAUCUACAGUGAACAAGGAGUGCAGCAGCUUGGAGUGGAGUUGGGUCACUCACCUGUUUUCUUGUAUGAGGACCAGAGCCGCAUGCCUGCCCCUGGAGAAUACCCAUUGUUCAAAGGUGUCAACCUGGCUGAUGGCAAGUGGCAUCGCAUUGCUAUCUCUGUACAAAAGAAAAAUGUUACUCUUCUCCUUGACUGCAAGAAACACAUGACCAGGCCCCUUCGUAGAAGUAACAAGCCAGUGGUGGACACCAAGGGUAUCACUGUAUUUGGUGCCCGUCUAUUAGAUGAGGAGGUCUUCCAGGGUGACAUUCAACAGCUACUGAUUGCCUCCAACCCCCAGGCAGCCUAUGACUUCUGUGAGCAUUAUAGUCCUGACUGUGACUCUACUCUCCCCAAAUUCCAGGCCCAGGAUCCAAAAACUUACUUCUUUGAUGAAGAACAAGAUGGUCAUUCCCUUUAUAUGGAUCAGGUGCAGGGGACUGUGGUAGGUGAAGAGGUAGAGGAGACCAAAACAGGUGGCAUGAAGGGAUCUAAAAAAAAAGACAAAGCUGAAGAGUAUGUGACUGGAAACUUUGACAUGAAGGAAUAUGAAUAUUACUACAAGGACUACAAUGAACCUAUUUCCAAGGGGAGGACAGAUAGUGGUGUGGGUUUACUAACACAGACAAGGGGGGUUCCUGUAAGAGCCCAGAAGGGAGAAAAGGGAGAGCCUGCAGUUCUUGAGCCUGGCAUGCUGAUUGAAGGACCAGCAGGACAAGAAGGACCAGCAGGUUUCCCUGGUCCUCCUGGCUCUCCUGGACUGCCUGGGUCUGUGGGUGAUCCAGGAGAGAGAGGUCCACCUGGGAAAGCUGGUCUUCCUGGGGCUGAUGGUGCACCUGGGCCAACAGGGACAUCUGUCAUGCUUCCUUUCCGCUUUGGACAAAGUGGAGGGGACAAAGGCCCCAUCGUCUCAGCACAGGAGGUUCAGGCUCAGGCCAUUCUGUCUCAGGCUCGGUUGGCUUUAAAGGGCCCUCCUGGACCAAUGGGCUUUACUGGACGACCUGGAUCCCUGGGUGCACCUGGCAGUUCUGGUUUAAAGGGAGACAGUGGAGAUCCUGGUUUCCAGGGUCCCAGAGGUCCUCAAGGGUUAGCAGGUCCUCCUGGCAAGCCUGGUAAAAGGGGCCGAUCUGGUGCCGAUGGUGCUCGUGGAAUACCAGGAGAAACUGGAAUUAAGGGUCAGCGUGGCUUUGAUGGAUUGCCUGGUCUGCCAGGAGACAAGGGGCAUAGAGGGAAUCAAGGAGAAAUGGGACCACCAGGACCUCAGGGAGAGGAUGGAGAAAGAGGAGAUUAUGGAGAUGUUGGGCCUAGAGGUCUUCCAGGUGAACCAGGGCCUCGGGGAUUGCUGGGACCCAAAGGCCCAUCUGGAAUCUCUGGACCUCCAGGAGUACGCGGAGGUGAUGGUCUUAUUGGGCCAAAGGGAAACUUGGGACCUCAAGGAGAGCCAGGCCCCCCAGGUCAGCAGGGAACCCCAGGAACACAGGGAAUGCCUGGUCCUCAGGGUGCUGUUGGACCACCAGGAGAAAAGGGACCUACAGGAAAACCAGGUCUGCCAGGCAUGCCCGGAGCCGAUGGUCCUCCUGGUCACCCAGGAAAGGAAGGCCCAGCUGGAACUAAAGGAAAUCAGGGACCUAGUGGCCCUCAAGGUGCUAUUGGCUAUACUGGCCCUCGUGGAGUUAAGGGUAUACAAGGUAUACGUGGACUAAAGGGUCAUAAGGGAGAGAAGGGUGAAGAUGGUUUUCCUGGAAUCAAGGGAGACCUUGGUUUAAAGGGAGACAGGGGAGAAGUAGGUGUUUCAGGCCCCAGAGGAGAGGAUGGUCCUGAGGGUCCAAAAGGUCGUGUUGGUCCUCCUGGUGAAAAUGGACCUAUUGGCCUAGUUGGAGAUAAGGGUAAACUUGGUGUCCCUGGGCUGCCUGGCUAUCCUGGAAGACAAGGACCAAAGGGCUCGCUUGGUUUUCCAGGAUUCCCUGGUGCAAAUGGAGAGAAGGGUGCGAGGGGCCUUAUAGGAAAGACUGGGCCAAGAGGGCAAAGAGGACCAGCAGGACCCAGAGGACAGAGGGGGGCACAUGGAUCUACUGGAAAAGCAGGUGCAAAGGGUUCAUCAGGUAAUGACGGGGCCCCUGGGCCACCAGGAGAAAUGGGAUUACCAGGACCUCAAGGAGCAAAUGGAUUUCCAGGGCCUAAGGGACCUUCUGGACCUCCAGGAAAAGAUGGACUGCCUGGACACCCUGGACAAAGAGGUGAAGUUGGAUUCCAAGGCAAGAUUGGGCCUCCUGGGCCUCCUGGCAUUGUUGGACCUCAGGGUCCCACUGGGGAGACUGGCCCUGUAGGAGAGCGUGGCCAUCCUGGACCCCCCGGGCCACCAGGCGAGCAAGGUCUUUCUGGCCCUUCUGGUAAAGAAGGAAUCAAAGGAGACCCUGGUCCUCCUGGUGGUCCUGGAAAAGAUGGACCCCCUGGACUGCGAGGUUUUCCUGGAGAACGAGGACUUCCAGGACUAUCGGGUGGAGCUGGACUGAAAGGAAAUGAAGGACCAGCAGGACCUCCUGGACCAGCUGGUUCACCAGGUGAGAGAGGACUUGCAGGCACAGUUGGUCCUAUAGGCCCACCUGGAAGACCUGGACCACCUGGCCCCCCUGGAUCUGCGGGGGAGAAAGGAGUGACUGGGGAGAAAGGCCCAGCUGGUCCAUCAGGCCGUGAUGGCAUUCAAGGCCCAGUUGGUCUGCCAGGCCCUGCUGGCCCCCCAGGUGUUUCAGGAGAGGAUGGUGAUAAGGGUGAAGUUGGAGAACAUGGACAAAAGGGGGCAAAAGGAGCCAAAGGAGAACAAGGACCUCCUGGUCCACCUGGGCCAAUGGGCUCUGUUGGACAGCCUGGUGCUCCUGGUGUUGAUGGUGAAACAGGUGCCAGAGGUCAGCAGGGUCUAUUUGGUGCCAAAGGAGAUGAAGGAAUAAGAGGAUUUCCUGGGCCUCCAGGCCCUAUUGGACUACAGGGAUUUCCAGGUACAGCUGGAGAAAAGGGUGAGACAGGAGAUGUUGGACCUCUGGGUCCUCCUGGACCCCCUGGACCUCGUGGCCCAGCUGGUCCUAAUGGUGCUGAUGGUCCCCAAGGUCCUCCAGGAGGUUUGGGUAACCCAGGUCCCCCUGGUGAAAAGGGUGAACCUGGUGAAAGUGGACCAGCUGGUAUUGGUGGAGUGCCAGGAAAAAAGGGCCCAAAAGGAGAACGUGGUGAGAAAGGCGAGGCUGGACAGCCAGGCACAGCUGGUUCUCCUGGUGGUAGGGGACCCCCCGGAGAUGAUGGUCCCAAAGGAAAUCCUGGACCUGUUGGUUUUCCUGGUGAUCCUGGUCCCCCUGGAGUAGCUGGACCUAGAGGACAAGAUGGAGCAAAGGGAGACAGAGGAGAGGAUGGUGAACAAGGAGAAGUGGGCUCUCCAGGACCUCCUGGUGAAAAUGGACCACCUGGGACUACUGGAAAGAGAGGUCCUCCAGGAGCAAGAGGACCUGAAGGACGUAUGGGUGAAAAAGGAAGCAAGGGUACACAAGGAGCUGGUGGGCCACCAGGAAGAACAGGUCCAGUGGGACAACAAGGUCUUCCUGGAAAGCCAGGAACAGAAGGGCUAAGAGGGCUGCCAGGUUCAGUGGGGGAACAAGGUGCUCCUGGUCCUGCAGGCGAGAAAGGACCUCCUGGACCCAUUGGUCCUUUGGGUUUACCUGGUCUGCAUGGAGACCUUGGUGUGAAAGGUGAGAAAGGACAUUCAGGUAUGAUUGGUCUAAUUGGACCUACAGGAGAACAGGGAGAAAAGGGAGACAGAGGUCUGCCUGGCCCCCAAGGAUCGCCUGGGCCCAAGGGAGAAACUGGAAUUCCUGGUGGAACUGGCCCUCUAGGUCCAGCUGGUUCUCCUGGUUCACCAGGUCCAAGAGGUUACAAGGGAGUUAAGGGUUCUUUGGGUGGUGCUGGCCCUAAGGGAGAGAGAGGUGUACAAGGACCACCAGGGCCUCCUGGACCACCUGGUGAUGUUAUUCAGCCCCUACCUAUUCAUAUCUCUAAAAAAUCCAAGCGUUCCAUUGAUGCUAGUAAGAUGUUCUCUGAUAUGGAAUCCGAGGUUUUCCCACCCACUGACAAAGGCAAUAGUAUUCUUACUGGAAAUGAAGACAUGCAGGAAAUCUUUGGCUCUUUACAUUCCCUUCAUGAGGAUAUUAGAAGUAUGCGUUUCCCCCUUGGAACAAAGGAAAGUCCAGCCCGCACCUGUCAGGACCUCUAUCUUAGUCAACCAGGAUACAUGGAUGGUGAAUACUGGAUUGAUCCAAACCAGGGCUGCACUCGUGACUCUUUUAAGGUCUACUGCAACUUUACAGCUGGUGGGGAGACAUGCCUGUACCCUGCUAGGGAAGUCAAGAAUGUGAACAUGAACUCUUGGCCAGUGAAGAAGUCUGGGUUAUGGUAUAGUCAGUUUGCUAAAGGAAGCAAGCUUUCUUAUGUAGAUGCAAAUGGUGAUUCAGUGGGUGUAGUGCAGCUGGGUUUCCUAAGGCUGCUUAGUGUUCGAGCUCAUCAGAACUUCGUCUAUCACUGCCACAACUCAGUGGCUUGGGCUGACAAAGCUGCUGACAACGUUUAUCAGAGGGCAUUGCAUUUCCUGGCUGCUAAUAAAGAAGAGCUUAGUCAGAAGAGUUGUCCCUAUAUCAUGGCACUUGUUGAUGGCUGUUCUUAUCGCAAAGGUUAUGGAAAAACAAUCCUACAGAUAAAUACACCACAAGUGGAGCAGCUUCCUCUCUUGGACAUUAAGAUCACUGACUUUGAGGAACACAAUCAGAAGUUUGGUUUUGAAGUGGGACCUGCCUGUUUUCUAGGAUAA